CAGACGUCUGAAGUUGUUGCUCGGCCGCUGCAGUGCCAGCCGGCACUGAUGGUUGCCCCAUUCACACAUACCGGCAUCGUCACCUUUGAUCCCGGGGGGGAUUUAACCACAGCCAGCGCGCAGGUCUCAAACUCAGUCAGUCGCUGGAAAUAAGACGUCGAGGAAACAUGUCUUCAGUUCAUGGGAAUGUGUGCGUCGGGGAUCUGAAUCAUUUCCAGAUGUAUCAAGAAAGACCUCUGCAGAUGAACAGCAUGGUGAACUCAGAUUAUGGAGCGUCAGAUGUUACAAACUACUUCAACGCCGCAAACGCUGUACCGAGAGCGGAUAAAUGCGUGGCAAUACUGACCCACAGGAGGAAGAGGACCAACUUCACCCAGCAGCAGAUUGAGGUUCUGGAGAAGGUUUACUCAGACACUAAAUAUCCUGACAUCUACCUGCGGGAGAGGUUGGAGGCUCUGACUGGGUUACCGGAGUCCAGAAUUCAGGUGUGGUUUCAGAACAGAAGGGCCAAGUCUCGUCGCCAAGUUGGCGCAUCGGUGUCCAUGAAGGUCGCCAACCCGCCAGCAGCUGGCCCAUUCAGCCAGCUCCACAGCAGGAUGGGCCCAGAGAAAGUUUAUGACAGCAACCAUGGAGCCGAGGUACACAGGAUAGCAGGGUUUGGACUGGAAGACAGUUUCAGACCUCUGAUGCACCAAAACGCAGAGGACAUUCAUGGAACCAGUGUCCCCACAAAACCCAGCAGCUUUGAACACACAUCCCUCUCCUGCAUCUAUGACAAGGAGGGAGCCAGGGUGAAGCCCGAGCAGAUGCAGCGGCACGAGCUGAGCGUGAACGUCCCAUGCUGCAACGUCCACCUCUAUCCCAAGGAGAACGAGCAUCCUCCCAAGAUCGAAGCCAGCGUGACCGCCAACCAGAAUCCAAAGGUUUUGGUGGAAUACGACAACUUCCCACCCAACAAGACCAUUGGGCCAGAGAUGAAAGUUGUGAUUCCUCCCAUCCCGAGCCAGAAUAACUUUAACAGGUCAUCACCAAAGGAUAAUGGAUGCCAAAUCCAGUAUCAACGCGUGAGGGCCACAGGGGACUGGUUCAGCCACUUCUCCCCAAUCCAUGCCACUGAGGCACAGGACUUCACUGACUCGGACUCUGACUGGGAAAACGAGGCUAUGGCUGGCUUUGGUGGCUUCAUGUGAUGUGUUUUAGGAGAUGA